GUGUUUGGACAGUUCGCCUGUUUGUUCAUUGGGGACUGGAUGAAGACGAAGUCAGACGCACACCAUUUCACACAGAGACAGACCCAGAGACCAGAAUCGCCAUGACGACUGAAUACCAUGACAAUGUGGACGAAGAAAUGAGCAAUUUCUGGAACAAAGAGCCUCGUACUGUCGAUUUCUCCAGGUUCUCCAGGUACAGACGAUGGCUCUUUCCUGCUCUGACGGCUACACUCCUCGUGAUUCUGAUCAUAGCUCUGGGAGCCAGCAACACGUCAACAUGGAACCGGUUGUGGUCUUCGGAGAAAAGUGUUUCUAAUCUGACUGAAUCACUGAGGGACACACAGCAGCUCACCAAAGAUACAGCAAAAGAAGUUUUGUCAAUGAAGUUUGCAGUGGAGAACAACAAGGACCAGCUGGCAUCAGUAUCAGAGGCACUGAGGCAGCUCUCAGUCCUGGACGCUCUCCGCAGGACGGUCGCCGAACUCAAAUGUUCUUUUGAACGCUUGGUCAACAAUGGCACGACAGCACACGGCUGUUGUCCUCUGAAUUGGGAUUCUUUUGGCACCAACUGCUACUUAUUCAGUACCACGCCAUUAUCGUGGCACGAUGCCAGAGACUGGUGCAAUGGACACGAAUCUCACUUGGUCAUUCUUCUCACUGACGAGGAGUGGGAUUUUGUGACCCAGCGUAGUGUGGGCACCUUCCACUGGGUGGGUCUGACUGAUGAGAGGACUGGGCAGUGGGAGUGGGUCAACCAGACACCCUACAUCAUGAACCGGAGGAGGUGGAGACCUGGGCAGCCUGACGCCUGGACCCAUCAUGGUCUCGGUCCCGGGGAUGAAGACUGCGCUCAUCUUCAUUCUGAUGGACGUCUUAACGAUCUGCACUGCUCCAGCAAAAUGCGCUUCAUAUGUCAGAGGCACACCAUGAAGAACUAAACUCAGAUGUGAGCUGUGAGCUGACACCAUUGAAUAGUGUGAUUACAAGCUACCAGAAUGAUCUGUUUCUGCUGUGCUGAGGGAAAGUUCAUUAGUGCUUUGCAGUUUGUAUGCUGUAUCAAAAUCUUGAUGUACCUAAUUUUCCAGAACUCCACUGGUGCCCAAAAAUCUAAUAAAACACAUCAUCAAUUUCCCUGAAA